UUUGCAAACAAUGGCUAUUUUCCGAUUCAAGAUGGCUGCCGUUUCAGUAAUGCAGAAUAUUCGACAAAGAACCAGAGUUCUUGCCACACAGCCGUUUAAAGUUCGCACCAUCUUGCAAAUGAGAUAUCUAUCAGACAGCAGCUCAGAAGAAACAGAUCAAUGUUCAACAGCAAAGCAGUUUCCGGUGGCACCAAAGGAACCCGCUUACGGGGCUGCCGAUUAUUAUUCCCACAAUGAAGACACAUUUGCAGAUAUGGAGAUAGAGAUGGCUAGUUACAGACAAUCUCAACCUGACCCUCGUGUACCCUACUACCAUCACUACCCCUGGGAAAAGAAAUCUUAAGGCAUUAAUGGACGAGUGCACAUAGAUUGAUGAAAUGUACUACUAAUUGGUUUCACAGUGUUUUGUUUGAAUAUAUAAGUAAAUGUUAACUGGUUUGCUGAAUGAAUAUAUAUUGUUUCAAGAUCA